AUGGAAGGAGCCAGCAAGAAAGAAGACGUAAACGGAGAAGCUACGGCGGCGAAGGACGUGACGACGACGCCAACGAUGCUAGUCGCCGGAGAGGACGAUCACGACGAGUAUACGCCGGAUGAGAUCAUGAAGCUCGUUGAGUCUUCUUCACCGACGACGAAGAUCGAGGGAGCUAACUUUUCCGGCGAGUCGAGUUUCAGAGUGAGGUUUAUCGACGACCCGUACGCGAUUCCGGUGGUUGUUCAGUCGUCUUCCGGUUACAUCACGAUCAACGUCAACGAGGAGAGCUGUGGUCCGUCGUUUUCAGACAGCAACGCUUCCGCCAUGGCUAGCGUCGACGCGAGUGGUCUGUUCGGUUGCUGUUUCGACAUCAACGGCGAGAAAGGCGGCGCGUGGAGUACAAGCGAGGUGGGAGCGAGUGAGUGUGAGUGGGACGACGAUCUGCUGGCGAGGUUUCUAGGCGAGGACUGUGUUUGA